UGUUUCGUCAUAUGUAUGCGACCCAACAGGAAGUUCGUCGUAAUCUGAAAGGAAAGUGGAAGAAACAAACCCACAAUGAAUACCCGAGGACUCCGCUCUCAGCUGAAGGACAGUGUACCAGUGGCAGGUUUGUGUCCACAGGGGACGUAUGGAGUCCAAGACACUCUCCGCGGCGGCUUUACCAGCGUGAAGAAUGAGCUGCUUCCCAGCCACCCGCUGGAGCUGUCUGAAAAGAACUUCAAGCUGAACCAGGAGAAGAUGAAUCUGUCCACACUCAGGAACAUCCAGGGUCUCCACGCUCCACUCAAACUGCAGAUGGAGUACAGGGCAGCAAGACAGAUCCAGCGUCUGCCGUUCUUACAGAGUUCAAACCUGGCUGUGGACACGUUGCAAGGGAGCGACGAGUACAUCGGCUUCGAGGACAUCCUCAAUGACCCAGCUCAGAGCGAGAUGAUGGGCGAGCCACACAUUAUGGUGGAGUACAAGCUGGGCUUGCUGUGAAACAGGACACAUACACAUCACAUUACUUAGAUACACAUUUACUAUAGGUGAUCAUUUGUGUGCUAACAAGAGGCACUGACUCAGGUCCUGGAAAAUUACAAAAGCAAUCUUUCACAUAGAACCAGGCUUUUACUGAGGAGAAACUGGCACCUCAGUAAAUGGCUUGAUGAUGAAGAAGUGUGCAAAUUGCAUGGAUCUGAGUGACUGCCUCUUGAGUUUUAUCAACAUCUGCUGUCGGGGCAGGCGUUCAAACUUCAGCAGCUCCCAUGAGACACAUUGCAUUCAGCGCUGCUUUUGUAUGGUUGGAUUCCCUGUGAUAUUUCUAAUAAACUCCAGAACAGUC